AUGGCUAAAGCCGUGUGCUUCGUUCUUCCUACAGGUUCUGAUUCCCUCAACCGAAACUGGGACAAGCAGCUACCUCGAAGGUUGUUUGCCACAUACAGAUUCCCGACCGGGUGGCUGAAUAUGUAUGGAGAGGCAUCGACGCUCACUUUCCUCCACCACACUCUGAAAGGGACUACUGUGUUUCAGAGGAUCAGAGACUCUGUGUUUGGACGCCUCUUUGAUAUUCCGAAGGGAAGAUGCCCCUAUUCCGGCAAGCUUAUCCAUUCUCUACUCAGCCGGCAGUUACUGACGAAACGCAAGUACGAGCUCUGGACAGUUUUUGGUGGACAACCGUUUCGUUUCAGUCUCCCUGAGUUCGCCAGCAUUACUGGUCUUCCUGCUGGUCCUUGGCCGGAAGGUUACCAUCCACAAAAGGUUCCAGAACACUCGGCAGAGCUCGCUGAUCAAGCAUGGAAAGCCAUAGUUGGGGACAAUCCCAAUACUACCUGUGAGGAGAUUUCAACGUCGCUGACCAACGACAAAGGCAAAAACUUGAUUGACCCUGAGCGUAAAUUUAAGCUGGCAUUGCUCCUCAUUGUAGAGGGUGUUCUGAUAGCGGACUCGCUGCCUUUACGACCAACCCCUUACUAUGUAACUAUGCUUCAUGACGUGAACGCGUUCUUAGAGUUUCCAUGGGCCAGGGAAUCCUUCUUCUGGACUCUGCAGACAAUGAAACCCGGCGUGAGGAUCUUUGGGGAAUCUGAAGACCCAGUUGAAUCAUAUCGUGAUAAACUGAAAGGCGGGACAUACAGGCUAACUGGUUUCCCACUUGCCCUCCAGCUCUUAGCAUUCCGCCUUGUCCCAAACUUGCUCAGGAAACUUCGUGAACCUCAAGAACAACCAACAAUGCUUGCCAUAGUUGGGCCUGCGAUACCAAUUAAAGGCUACAUCUCACAAAACUCGGUGCUGCUAGCUGAGUCUGACCCCAACCUAGUAGUGACUCCUCUGCUGCCGAUCGAAGAUUUCGAUAUAGCGGCCGUUGCUCAGUGGCGCGACGAACAAGUGGACAGCAGAGUUGAGUACUUGAAGAACCUGAUUGGAGGUGGUCAUCAAUUUCAGAAGCAAGAAUGGCCUGGCGGUGAAGAGAAACUGCCGAUUCUGACACCCAAGCAACCUAAAUCUAGACGUAUGCCAAACAAAUCAAUAGUCAGAAGGAAGCAACCGAGGCGAGCUGUUGCAGGAGUUAACCUUUCACAGUCUUCUAUUAAGAAACCAGUUCAACACCGUCCAAAAAAAGCGACAAUGGCGUUGGAUGCAUCGGCUGUACAGGAAGCUAUACAGGACAACCGUUUGUUGCGUGAGGAAGUCGGACAUCUUUCCCAUAAAUUAGAGCUACUUAGCAAGAAACACACCAAACUCUUGCAGCUGCUAAGAGAAACAAGAAGGUCAAUCAACAUUUGUAACAUCCGGCGUCGUUCGUACAAACGUAAACAGGGACAACAUAAGGAGGAGUCCCUUGACAAGGGGGACGAAUGUUGCCCCGAUAACUGGUUCGCCUCGCCACCGCGUGGUACGGCCGCCGUCGAGGGAGAUGACCAUCUAGUUUCUACAAAUGGCAUUGAGUACACCCUGCAGGACGUGGAAGUAAAUGACUAUUCCCCUCCACUUAGCCAAUACGUUGCAUCAAAGGUGCGUGAUGAAGAACAACGACUGUCAAAAUUUACGGAAAACAACAGAGAAGGACUGUUUGAUAAAACACCUAUCAACAUGAUUGAGCCGCCUUCUUUGGAACUCACCAACCCACAAUUCGACCUCACCAAUCCACGAGCCUCUACUCCAACGAGUGUCGACUCUGAAGAAGUUCAACGGUCUCCCGCUGGGGUGACUAACGUCAAACCGGUGUGGGACAACAGCAAUAUACGCCAGGAAGACAGAGAGGUCCCGGACGAGCCGCUUGUCUUAAGUGACUCAUCUCCUCCACCACCUCCGCGGAAAUACAACCCCACACCGGCUGAGCUAAGGCUUGUUAGUCAUCUGAAUUUAAAAGAACCGAGACCAUACGGUGAUCUCCUACCACCUUUAUGUGAGAGAGAAUACGAGUUGCUCCACGAAGUUCUUCUUUCAUCACCGAAAGUGGAACACUUCACUCAUCUUCGUCUGGAUUUCGACAACCAAUUCUUACUGGAACUAGCCAAACCGCAGCAUUGGGUUUCCACGCAGACAUCAGACAAUACCGCAGUCAGAGGCUGGAGCUUUCUGCUCACCACACUUGAUCAACCACAUUCUCGCAAAAGGUCGCUCAUUCUCCGCUGCGAAAAACAAAAUGCAAGUCGGAUGGGAAGGAAGGAUUAG